AUGCACAUAUUUUCUGUCCUUAUUAAAGAGAAGGUGGAGGUCUUUAUGGACGAUUUUUCUGUCUAUGACUCCUUCUUUUCGGAUUGUCUUGUUAAUUUGUCACAGGUCUUGAAAAGGUGUGAGGAGCACAGGCUGGUCUUGAACUGGGAGAAGUGCCAUUUUAUGGUACAGGAGGGCAUCGUGUUGGGUCAUAAGGUCUCUGAGAAGGGUAUUGAGCUCGACAUGGCAAAAGUGGAGGUCAUGGUGAAUUUGCAGCCUCCGAGACUAUGUCGUGGGAGUAGUCUUGGGGUAGAAAAGGAUAAGAAGCUGCACGUGUUCUACUACGCAAGCCGCACCUUAGACUCGGCUCAAGAGAAAUACGCAACAACUGAGAAGGAGAUGCUGGCCAUUGUGUUUGCAUUUGACAAGUUCAGGAAUUACCUUGUGGGUUCAAAGGUUAUUGUGUACACAGAUCACGCGGCCUUGAGGUAUCUCAUGACCAAAAAGGACGCUAAGCCGAGGCUUCUUAGGUGGGUACUUCUGCUACAAGAAUUUGACAUGGAGAUACAAGAAAAGAAGGGCAUUGAGAAUGGAGCUGCCGACCAUCUCUCACGGUUAAGAGUGGACUCAAAAGUGCCUCUAGAUGACGCUUUACCCGAAAAGUAUCUAAUGCCACCUGAAUUGGAUUCAUACCAAAGGAAAAAGUUCUUGAAAGAUGUGAGGAGGUAUCAUUGGGAUGAGCCAUACUUAUACGUGCUCAACAAAGAUCAUCUUUAUAGAAGGUGCUUAGCUGAAGAAGUACAGCCUGUGUUACCAGAGUGCCACGAUUCUGCUUAUGGUGGGCACUUGGGGAAUUUCAAGACGGUUGCCAAGCAUGGUAAUAUCUCUAAGAGAAGUGAGAUGCCUCAGAAUCCAAUCUUUGAGGUUGAGGUCUUCGACUGUUGGGGAAUAGACUUCAUGGAGCCGUUUAUCUCUUCACACAACAACCAAUACAUUUUGGUGGCCGUAGACUAUGUCUCCAAAUGGGUUGAAGCGAUUGCAAGUCCCAUAAACGGUUCAAAGGUGGUUUGUAAGCUGUUCAAAAGCAUUAUCUUUCAACGUUUUGGAGUGCCAAGAGUUGUAAUCAGCGAUGGGGGCAGCCAUUUCAUUAAUAAGACUCUUGAGGGCUUGUUAAAAAAGCAUGGUAUCAAGCACAAGGUGGCUAGUCCUUAUCACCCUCAAACCAGUGGGCAAGUUGAGGUUUUAAACAGGCAGAUUAAGGCGAUCCUAGAGAGGACUGUGAACAACUCAAGAAAAGACUGGAGCAAGAAACUCGAUGAUGCUCUUUGGGCUUACAGAACCGCUUAUAAGACCCACUACAAGAAAAAUACCGUUUUACAACGGCCAAAAUCGUCGCUAGUUCGUCGUAAUAGCGAACUACCGACGAUUUCCAAAUCAUCGUAA